AAAAAAAAUUAAAAAAAGAAUCAAGCAUNGAACAAGAAUCAGAUCAUCUCCUCAACAGCAUAAUUACCACGCAUGGUUGAUGCUUGAUAUCUCGAGCUGUAACCUCGAAUCGAGCUGGCUUUCAUGGAGUCCGAUCUCGGUUAUUGCAGCGAUCAGUCGAGUUCAGUCCGGCUUCAUUCCGUGGUCCAUGAUCGUCGAAAGGUUGCUCUUGGUGACCUCCACCUUGUUCCCGAUGAAACAUUGUGCGACAUAUUGACGAAGCUCGCGCCUCAAGAUAUAGGACGCCUAUCUUCCGUUAGCAGUGUGAUGUAUAUAUUAUGCAAUGAGGAGCCGCUUUGGAUGAGUAUAUGUCUCAGCAUUGUAAAUCGCGAGCUUGAGUACAAAGGCUCGUGGAAGAAGACUGCGUUGCACCAACUAGGAUUGAUCGACAAGUAUUAUGAAGCUUGCAGUCAAGAUUUGAUUUUUGAAGGUUUUAGUUCGUUAUUUCUCUAUAGGAGGUUGUACAGAUGUUAUACCUCAUUAAACAGUUUCUCAUUUGAUGAUGGAAAUGUCGAUAGGAGAAAGAACAUAUCUUCAGAAGAAUUCCAGAAAGAGUAUGAUGGUAAAAAACCGGUGUUGAUUGAUGGACUCUCUGAUAAUUGGCCAGCAAGGAAAUCAUGGACAACUGAACAACUUUUAAUGAAAUAUUCAGAUACUAAGUUUAGAAUAUCACAUAGGAGCCCGAAAAAAGUUAAUAUCAAGUUUAAAGAUUAUGUUUCAUACAUGCAACUCCAACACGAUGAAGAUCCUCUCUAUAUUUUUGAUGACAAGUUUGGUGAAGUCGCACCAGACUUGUUGAAAGAUUACAGUGUUCCACAUCUAUUCCAAGAAGACUAUUUUGAUGUUCUGGAGAUGGAUAAAAAACCACCUUUUAGAUGGCUUAUAAUUGGACCAGAGAGAUCAGGGGCCUCAUGGCACGUUGAUCCAGGUCUUACUAGUGCAUGGAAUACACUCCUCUGUGGCCGUAAAAGGUGGGCAUUGUAUCCUCCUGGAAGAGUUCCUUUAGGAGUGACAGUACGUGUGAAUGAUGACGAUGGUGAUGUCAAUAUUGAUACACCAUCAUCUUUGCAGUGGUGGCUGGAUUUCUACCCUCUUCUUGGUGAUAAUGACAAACCAAUAGAGUGUACCCAACUUCCUGGCGAGACAAUAUAUGUUCCAAGUGGGUGGUGGCAUUGUGUGCUAAAUUUGGAAACUACUAUUGCUGUCACACAAAAUUUUGUUAACUUCAAAAACUUUGAGUUUGUGUGUCUGGACAUGGCUCCUGGUUACCGUCAUAAAGGUGUCUGCCGUGCGGGUUGGCUUGCUAUUGAUGAUGAUGACAUCGAGGCUAUUAGGAAUAAUGCCAUGUUUAGUGAAAAUAGUUUGAGCUACUCUGACCUGGAUAGGAAAGAGAGGAGUAUCAGGAUAUUCGAGUCACCAGUAAACUCUGGCGAUGGUAGUAAUGACAUACAUAAAAGUGAUCGUUUUAGUAAUUUAGAAUACUCUUACAGUAUAGAUUUCUUAGCUCUGUUUUUGGAUAAGGAGAGAGACCACUAUACUUCUCUGUGGUGUUCUGGAAGCAGUAUAGGACAGCGAGAAAUGCGAGAUUGGUUGUGGAAGCUUUGGUUUGGAAGACCAGAACUCAGAGAUCUCAUAUGGAAGGGAGCUUGUCUUGCACUCAAUGCUGGAAAAUGGUAUGAUCGUGUGAAGGCAAUUUGCGCAUUUAACGAGUUACCUUCACCUGUGCACGACGAGAAACUUCCAGUUGGCACAGGCAGCAAUCCCGUCUAUCUCACUGGUGACUAUGUUGUAAAAAUAUUUGCUGAAGGAGGACUUGAAGCUUCACUUUAUGGUUUAGGCACUGAGCUUGAGUUCCAUAAUCUACUAAAUAAUCAGAACUCCUCUUUAAAGAACUGCAUUCCUUCUGUACUGGCAAGUGGGAUUCUUGUUUCCGAACACGGAUCGUUUAGAGUCUUUCCCUGGGAUGGUAGAGGCAUACCUGAGGUGAUUGCCUCCAGCAAUCUCCUCUCAGUAAACCAAACGGAAGCUGAUUAUCCAUUUGGUGUUUGGGGCAAAAAACAAUUUGAAUAUCAAAAUGCUGGAAAGCAAUUGCAUGAAUCUGGAGAUUGUAGUAAAAGCUCGUACAUGUGGCCGUACAUUGUGACAGGAAGAUGCAGGGGGAGAAUAUUUGCCGACCUAAGAGAUACCCUCUCGUUAGGAGAUGUUCUCAAUUUGGCUUCCUUUGUGGGCGAGCAGCUGCAUAAUCUUCAUGUCCUGCCUAUCCCUGGCCCAUUACAUGUUAAUGGGAAUGCAGAUAGGAUUGACCAUUCAGCUGAAUGGAGAUUACUUAUCACGACUCUAAACCGGGAAAGGAAGGAUGUUUUAAAACAUUUGUCUGAAUGGGGUGAUUCAAUUCCUGCCAACCUGAUAGAGAAAGUUGACGACUACGUUCCACAUGAUUUAACUGUACUAUUUAAUAUUUUUGAGAACGAGACAGAGGUUCACAAAUCUUGGACCUGGAUACACUCUGAUGUCAUGGACGAUAAUAUCUACAUGGCACCUUGUACUUCAGCUUCUUUAUCCGGUGAAAGUAAUAUACUUCAUCCAACAGAAAAACCCGGUGCAGCAGGAUCUAACAGCAGCAGGGAAAAGGAAUCUUGGUACCCAAGCCACAUCCUUGAUUUUAGUGAUUUGACUAUAGUUGGUGGUAAAGUUGCAUUCCUGAGUGCUGGUCUGACCUUAUUAACUGAAAAUGCUGCAGGGGAACCUAUACUUGACCUAAUCCCUUUAUAUCUUGACGUCUUUCGAGGAGAUUCUCAUCUCUUGAAGCAGUUCCUUAAGAGUUAUAAACUUCCCUUAAUGAGAAAGACUUCACCAUCAAAGGUGGUCGAGGGAAAAAGAUAUCACCAACUCUCUUACCGAGCAAUGUGUUAUUGUAUUUUGCACAAGGACAACGUUCUGGGAGCCAUUUUUAGCCACUGGAAAGAACUUAGAACAGCAACUUCAUGGGAAGAAGUUGAGGAAAAAGUCUGGGGUAACCUAAACAACUACUCAGGCAUCUGAUAAUCAGCCUGGUUUUUCAGCUAGUUUAUUAUUAUAUUAGAAAAAUAUAAGCAAUAUUUUUGAGGCAUACAACAAGCAUGGUUUGGAUAAAAACGCUGCUAUAAAAGUUUGGGUAUUUGAAAUCGCCACAUGUGCCUGUCGAGUGUUUUUGUAAGAUGUAAUCACAAAUUUGUGUCUUGUGAGGGCAUAAAACAUGCAUUGUAUUGAUGCGCUGCUUAUGUGAACUUGGUGUGUUCGUCGUUGUUCAAUGUAACUGUACACUCGUUUUACUAGUGAGUUGAAUAGAAUGUUGAGAUUGGGAUCUCCCACUCUAGUUAAAUUGUGGCUCUCCCAGAAACAUAGAUCAUUUGUCAAACUUGUAAAAAAUGAUUUUUGUGUACCCACUGUUAGAGUAGAAUACCCGACGUUUUAAUCUGAUUGGAUCUUUUUCUACUUGUAAAGACAAUUUAUUGGAAUUUAUAUUAUUUGUAGGCAUUUCUUUAUCUUAUGUCUUUGUAUUUAUCACAUAUUUGCAUAUAUGAUAAAGUUCUUAGAUCAUUAUUAGCUAUGAGACAUGGUUGCGCAUUUCAUGGCAAUCAUGGAAUAUGUCUUUAAAGUUAUGAUCUUAAAUGAGUUCUAAGUUGAUGGGUGUUU